GAGAGAGAGGAGGGGAGGGGAGAGGUGGGGAAAAAAAGAAGAUGCAUCUUCCUUGCAUCUAGCUUUGGGCAGUUCUGGAUAUGGAUGCUGUAGUCACUGUUGUUAGGGUUCCUGUGCCCAUAAUUUUCACAUCAUUUUUAUAGACACCUGAAGUGUGAUGACUUAAUCAUACAGUUUUUUGCAUUCAUGAUUGAAUUUUGCAUUUGUGAUUAUGAGCAUCAUUCAUAGUUUUCUAUUUAGUACUUUUCUUGAUCCAGUUAAUUUGGAUAAUAUGGUAACUUAUGCCUCAGAAAGAAUUAGAAGAUUUUAACUGAGCUUCUAUGUUCUGGAAAAAAUGUAGAAAAUUGGUGGCAGUUUUUAUGUGUCUCUUGGAAGCCUAUUUGUGAUGUUAGAUCCUUGCCUUACUUUUGUAGUAGUAAUUAGUUAUUGAGUCUAUUUUUUUCAGCAGCCAUAUGCUCAUCUAUUUUGUGUAUUUCCCCUCGUGUGUAAAAAUAAAAAACUGUCUCUCUCACUGAAAUGGUCCAGUUUUUGCAAGUUGUCUAAUUUGUGUCAAGCACAUUUAAGAUAAUCUUGAAGUCCCAAUGCAUUGUGGACGAUGACAAUUUUAAAUCUGUUAGUAGGUUUUCAGUCCUCUUUGCUUUUCUCUUUAAUGUUAUUGUAUAAUUUACACUUUUAAUUCUUUCUUUUUAUGUGUCAGUGAGGAUUGAACCCAGUUUUUCCCAGGCACUAGACAAGCACUCUUCCACUGAGCCGCAUCCCCAGUCCCUGUCCUCUGUACUCUUAGCCUUAUGUCAGUUUAUCAGUGAUGCUGAUGUUCAUGAAGAAGUUGAUUUUGCGGACUGUGGGUUUCCUGAUUGUGGUUUCAUCCACACCUUCUCUGUUACCUUCCUGUGGUUAAUUUAGGUUUACCUUGCUCUUCUUUCUCUGGUUUUUUGAAGUGACAGCUUCAAUAAUUGCUUUUAGCUCCUUUUCUGAAAUGUGUGUUGGAUGACUUCGAUACCAAUACAGCACACCUCGGGUAUUCUCUAUGAAUUUCCUGUGAUGGACUUUUACAUUUUUUUUUCCUUAAAAAUGGUCACAUUUUCUCUUGAGUCACCACUUUGUCCUGUGUCUGUUUAGAGUCUUGUUUCAUGUCCCCUUCCCUGGAGGCUUUUCACCUGCUCCUGAUCUGAUUUCUGCUUUUGCUCUCAUGAUCUUUGGGCAUACAUGGGAUUUCACUGGUGGUGCACUUGUAGGGGUGUGGUUUAUGUCCUGUGGAGUGUUUCUGUGACCCAGAGUCCCCAGUGUGCUUCCCAAGGGUUGAAGGCCCAUGAAGCCCUCCUGCCUGCAUCAUUGUCCUGACAGAGUUGGGCUGAUGUCUCUGAGUGUAAAUGUGCAUUCUUCAUUGUUUUGGGUGGUUCUGUAUGUUCUCAGUCCUUGCGUGUGGUUCUGUGUCAGUGGCAGGGACAUUUUCUUUUUGCCUGUUCCAUCAUGGUGCAGACAUCAUAGCAUGCUUACAGAUGUGAGUGGUGGCCUGUUUCACACCCAGACUGUGUGGGAUAGUUCAGGAAUCUGGGCUACAAACUUGUUGCUUGACCACACUCUGGAUGAUCUUCUCCCUUAGGUUUGUUGGCAAAACCAUUGCUGCAGGCACGAUGAAUCUCUUUCACAACAGACAACUAUUGCACAUAAAGCCCAACAAUGAUCAAAAUGUCCUUGAGCAGAACAUUGAUCUCAGUGACCUUUGAGGAUGUGGCUGUGUACUUCACCAAGGAGGAGUGGGCUUUGCUGGAUCCUUCCCAGAAGAACCUUUACAGAGAUGUGAUGCUGGAAGUCCUCAGAAACCUGGCUUCUAUAGGAAAGAAAUGGGAAGACAAGAUCACUGAAGACCAUGUUGAAAACUCUGGGAGCAAUGUAAGGCAGAUCACAUCAUACUCUGGACACAAAUACUACAAGCAUGAGGAAUGUGAAGAGAAGCCAUGUGAAUUUAAACAAUGUAAGAAUGCUCUGGUUUCUCCCCAAAAUAUUCACACACAAAUGUUAAUACAAACUGGAGAUGGACUUUAUGAAUCUACAGUACAUGGGAAAGUCAUCAGUCACUCCAGUGACAUUCAAAGGCAUGGAGAUACUCAUACUGGGUGGCAACCCUAUAUAUAUCAGCAAUGUGGUGAAGCCUCUUCUUAUCCCACCAGUGUUCCAAGACACAUGAUAACACACAGUGGAGAUAAACUUUUUCAAUGGGACAUAUGUGGGAAAGCCUUUGAUUUCUCCUCUUUAUUUAGAAGACAUGAAGGAACUCAUUGUGGAGAGAAACUCCAUGAAUGUAAACGAGGUGGUCAGACCUGUAUUUCAUACACAAGUCUUCAAAGGCACAGGAUCACACACAUGGGGAAGGAAGGUUUAAAUUGUAAGGUAUGUGGGAAAGACUUUGCUUAUCCCAGUUUACUUAGAGUACAUCAGAGAAGGCAUACUGGAGAGAAGCCCUAUGAAUGUAAGCAGUGUGGCAAAGCCUUUGCUACAUCUCAUAAGCUUCAUAUACAUGGAAGAAUACAUACCGGAGAAAAGCCCUAUGAAUGUCAACAGUGUGGAAAAGCCUUUACUACUGCCUCCUACCUUCAGAUACAUGAACGAACUCAUACUGGAGAGAAGCCCUAUGAAUGUAAGCAGUGUGGGAAAGCCUUCGCUCAGUCCUCUCACCUUCACUCACAUGCAAAAACUCAUACUGGAGAGAAGCCCUAUGCAUGUAAGCAGUGUGGCAAAGCCUUUGCUACAUCCACUAAGCUUCAUAUACAUGGGAGAAUACAUACCGGAGAAAAGCCCUAUGAAUGUCAACAGUGUGGCAAAGCCUUUACUACAUCCAGUUACCUUCAGAUUCAUGGAAGAAUGCACACUGGAGAGAAGCCCAAUGAAUGUAAGCAGUGUGGCAAAGCCUUUGCUACAUCCUCUACGCUUCACAGACAUGGAAGAAUACAUACCAGAGAAAAGCGCUAUGAAUAACAACAAUGUGGAAAAGCUUUUGCCACAUCCUGUCUGCUUCAUACAAGUGAAAGAACAGAUACUGCAGAGAAAUAGUAUGCAUGUAAACAAUUGGUAAACUUUUCUGUUAUUACUGUUUCACUCAUAUACAUGUAGGACGUUACUGGAGAAAAAUCCUUUGAAUGUAAAAAUGGUAAAUCAAAAACUUUUCAGAAAAGCAACUUUCCCUUAGGAGAGCACCGAACUUAGCAACAUAUCCCAUGAAUCACCUUCAUAAUUCUUUAUAUUUACUUACGGUUUCUAGAAUUGCAAAAAUAGUUUUUGUUUAUCUUUCUACAGAUGAAAAAUUCCCAGAUCUUAUGAGUUUAACAUCACAACUUCUUCUUCUGUCUAAUUCCCUUACUUUCUACAAUUCAACCCACAACACUCUGAAAUCCUAAGUGCACUUAACUUCUGGAGAGAAAUUCCAAACUCACUAAAUUUCUAAAAUUGACACUGAAGUUCAAGUACAGGACACCACUUGUCCCGACAUAGGACUAAACCAGUCAGGGUCACUCCAGGUGAACUGGGCUGCAUGACAUUGUCACACAGAGACAGAGAAAUGUCUUUUUCUUUGGUUCUGUGAUGGCUCCCUCACCCAGCUCCCCCAAAGGAGGCAAGGCAGGUAAGAAUGAGAGAGAGCAGGCCUGGAGCCCCAUUUUAUGGGGGAGAAGCCACUCAAAUGAGGAUAGGGUCAAGAUUCAGGGGGUGGAGUCUUCCUGAUGUCUGCUGCCAGUAGGUUGACAUCCUGGAAGGCCACGCCCAUCUCAUGUGCUGUGUGGGGAUCAAGGGCAGAGCAAAGGAAGGGGACACACAAGGGGAGGUUCCAUGGAACAUUCUAUCCCAAAAGGGCACAGAGUAGGAUUCCAAAGGAACAGGAGGGUGUAACUCGACCCCACUGGCGGACUCCUACUCCUGGAGCCACACCUCACUAUCUGAAUGGGGGUGAGGCCCAAUGUGUUGUGGGGCACAGCAGCUGUUCCAUACUCCCCUACACAGGACUUAAAGUGACUCCCGACAGCAGAAUUCACAGCUCAGAUUGGACUCCGGGGCCAGCUGCCCAGUGUGUGGUGGUCAGAGCACCCCAGGGGGCUGUCUCCUGCGCAGUCAGCACAAAUGCAAUCGCUUCUGUUGGGUAAAGCUGUGGGACGAACGUGAGGCAGUCAGUGUCCGGGUCCAGCAGUGCUCACUGGGUCCCACUGUCCCAUGGUCUACAGAAGCAAAAAUUGCUUCUUCCCCUCUCCCCGUCCAAGCUCUGGGGUGGGCACGUCACAGGCUUUAAGUGGGUGUUAUUUGAAGUUGUCCCCCUCAGACUCAGAGUCUGAGCCAUGACCUAAUGGAGCACAGCUCCACGACCAUGGUUUACAUCAUGAGUUGGAAAUUGUGACGUUUUGGCAAAAAUAAUGGUGAAUGUGUUGUCACAGAAAUUGUCUCAUUUCUGUGUUCUUCUUAGCUUGAUUUCAUGGGAGGUUUUUGCAUAUUUCAUCUGACAAGGGAGCAAUCUGGAUGCUGGGUGAAGAGGGUGAGGGGCUCCCUAGGGUUGAGGACCCAGGAUGCUCCUCUGGGCACAUCCCUGCAUCCUCCAGGUGAAGUUUGAUGCACAGGGUGCCUUUUGUCUGGGGUGUCUCUGGGUCACGUCCUCUCCACUGUGAGGAGAGGGUCCCGGGGUCAGGACUGUUGGGGGUCCCAGGAGCCUGGGUUUCCUAUUGGGAGUCAGAAGCCUGAGCAGUAACCUCCACACAGGGGCCAGGGGCUUAGGAUCCUGUCCCCAUUGCUCAAGUGAGGAGAAGGACACUUUUCCUGCCACAGGGGUGCCUGAGGUAACGGCACAGCGCCAGGCUCCCUACGUUCCUCUCCUGCAGGGAUGCUGCUGCUGCAGGUUUGCUUUGCUUUUUAUUUCUCUCCUUUGCAAGUGGCACCUUGUAUGGUCUCUGUUUCUGGAAAUGUUGAUAUAUUUUCACUUUUUACAUGAGAUUUGUGUGUAUUUUAUAGUAGUAAAUGAUAAAGUAUCAUAAUGACAGCAUAGAUUUCUGCAUUCGUGACAUUCUAAACUUUUGAUAAAGAUUGAAUAUGUAGGGUGGGGCUGUGGCUCCAUGGUGCUGUGCUCACCUAGCAUGCAGGAGACACUAGGUUCGAUGGUCAGCACCACACAACUAUGAAAUAAAGACAUUGUGUCCACCUAAAAAACUAAAAAAAUAAAUAUUUAUUUUAAAGACUGAA